AUGCGAGACCUCGUCUUGUUCUUGCUACUCUCUCGAAUCGCCUGCGCCCAAGUCACACAGCAUGUAACCGACCUCUCAAUCUUUAGCCUCCUCGCCCCAUGUGCCUCCUCCGCCAUUGCGAACGAGGUCAACACCCUCACAGCCUCCACUGCCAUUGGAUGUGGCACCGCCGACCCUGAAUUGCAAUCUUGCAUCUGCUCGCAGAGCGACGUCUCAAGCCAGGUCACGAAGAAUGUGUCUGAAGCUGUGCAGAGCCGCUGUGGCCAGAGCGCCACGGAUGAUCUAUGGAGUGCCUCUGAGGUGAUGAGGAAGUUCUGCAAUCCGGGCGAGGCAGUGAUACUUCCGACACCGACGACGAAUACAGUGACACAGUUCAUCACCGACAUGGACAAGAUGAGCUUCCUGCCACCCUGUGUAUACUCUGGGAUAUCAUGGGUCGUCAUGUUCUCGGCUUCGUCGCACUGCCCCCGAAGCGCAAGCCUGUAUGCGCCUUGCGUGUGCAGCAAGAGCGACGUUGUUGACCUGGUUCGUUCGAACCUGACAAGCAGAAUCCUCGAUCGAUGCGACAACAGGGAAGACGUCGAAUUGGCCGACCAAGUGUACUCAGAGUACUGCGCCAUGAAUAAUGGUACCACAGCCUUUGCGGCGGUCGCCAUGCCGCCGGGAGACAUGACAUAUCACAUCACGGCCUUAUCCCAAUACUCUUCUCUUCCCGAGUGCGCCAGAGAGGCUGUUUCAAGCGCUGUUAUUGAUCAAACAAGCUGGAACUGUGCUGCAGGCCCACAAGCCAUUGCCUCCUGUGUGUGCAUCAAGGAGGGAAUGCUCCACAAGGUCUAUGAGAGCAUGACAGCACGUGCAGGAAUCAACUGCGGCUUCACGAACAAGGAGCCCGUGUAUUCAGCCAUCGAUGUACUGAACUACUACUGCAGCGCCGCCGAGAACAAGGUUGUUGCGCUGGUCACUGAUACGGCCACCCAACUGUACCCUACAGCCUCGGAAGGCGGAGGAGCUGGGGCGGAUGGCGCGAGGCAGACGGGGGGUAAUUCCGAAAACGGUGACCAAGGUGAGAGCGAUUCAGCAGUUGGUCCGGGAGUCAUUGCUGGCGCUGUCGUUGGGGGCGUUGUUGGCCUUGCUGCCAUCAUUGGGGCCGUCGUCUGGUUUGUGCGGCGACGCAGGAGGGCGCACGAUGCUGGGAUGGUCGUCGUUGCGCCUCCCGGUGACUACCUCAAGCCAGAGCUUGACGGCAGCGGACAGAAUGCACCUCGCGCCGAGCUUGGUGCUCUAGCGAGCAGCUUCACACCGACCCAAAAGUCAUUGUCACCUGGCCAGGAGAUUGGCGGUUCUGAACUCCUGGGCACAACAGUAGUUUCGGCAGGAUGGCACGGCCCGCCAGCGGAACUUAGUGGGGAUACUUAUGAAGGACGCAGGCUUUGA